AGUACCAUUCAACAGCCAGAGAUUCACGCUCCACUGCAACUCAUUCACCCAGAUCAACCUCAAUAAAUUUUCUAUUUACGUUGACUAUGUGAUCCAAUUACGCGCAGUAUCAAUAGACCUGUGUAUGUUUCGGGAGACCAGAUUCACCUAUAUACCUGUAGAAGAUGGACACACGCUGGGGGACCCUAGGAGGGGUCGUUCUCUUGCUGACUGAGCUCUGCACGGCGCAGAAUACAGGUUUAGUUGUGUCAGAUUUACCAAGCUCUUCAUGGUAUAAUGGAGGAAUGACCACAUUUGAAGGCUACAUCAACCAGUUCUCCAAAAACCAAAAACCCCAAGAACACACAAUGGCAUUUAGAUUUUACGACUUUGAAAUAAUGAGCAUGGAGUGGGACGGAAACAACACGUUAUAUUUCAUGGAGGGUUUAUCUAAAGCUAUUUUCAAACUAGAAUAUUUUAAUAUAUGGAUGAACCAUUCCCUCUUUGGAUGGGUGUAUGAGGUCCACGGCGGGAUAUCUUAUACUAUAUCCAGUAGAAUAGCUUUUGAUCACGUAUCGAGGAAUAUGUAUUGGACAGAUGCGUUAUAUAACUGGAUAGCUGUGCAGCCAGUGGACGCUAAUGAUAAUUCUGUGUAUAAGGUUCUUAUAAGUGAGCAACUUUCAACACCUGGGGCCAUUGCAGUGGAUCCGAACAAUGGAUAUCUGUUUUGGUCAAAUAAUGAAGCAACUGCCUUCAUAGAACGUUCCGACUUGUCUGGAAAGAACAGACAGAUAAUAGUUAGGAACCUUCUAUGGGUUCCUGAUAUGAAAUGUGACCCUGAUCCCACCCAAAGGACUUUAUACUGGGCAGACAAUUAUAGGAAUACACUGGAAAGCAGUGAUUACAAUGGCGGGAAUCGGAAAGUUAUCUACCGUUCGAGGAACAUCAAUUUAUUCAUCACGAAUAUUGUAGUGUACAGGAAUGUGAUUUGUGCCACUGAGUACGACGAUGAGUUGGUCUUCUGUGUUGGGAUUGAGACAAAUCAGGAGACGUGGAGAAAUGAAUUCACCUGGGAAGUUCCCUGGGGGCUGACGGCACUCACAGACAAAACGACCACCUCUACAAACCCAUGCCAAAACGAAGGCUGUGAGCACAUCUGUACAAACUCAGCCAGCGGAGCCGUCUGUCAUUGUAAAGAAGGAUAUACUCUAAAUCCAGACAACAAAUCUUGUAAUGCAUCCCAUUCAGCGCACGGCAAAGCGAUAAUAUUUUCCAGCCAGAACUUACUGUGCUCAUUGGAUGCCCGAAUAAUCACGUAUCUAACUCCAAAUGUUUCCUGUUUCUUAACUUGGGACAAAACCAUAACACACAUAGCCGUGGCAGCUAAUGACUCCAAAGUUAUAUUUGCCGCUGGAGACGAAAUCGUGUUGUAUGAUUUAGUGACCAAUCAAAACAUGUCUUUGGCUUCCACUGGAAAUGUUUCUGGAUUGGUCUAUUCGUGGAUUGGCGAUGACAUAUUUUGGUCCGAAUCUGAUACGGGAAAGAUUAAGGUGAUGUCACUGAACAGUGACACAAAAACCGACUACACAAUCUUUACAAGACUUAGCAGUCCCCGGGAUUUAGCUAUUGAUCCACACAAUAAUAAACUUUAUUGGAUAUCAUUUGACGCCAAUUCUAUGCUGCAAAUUGAAUCUGGAAAUCUAAUUGGAGGACAACGAGCAACGAAACAGACUCAUCUUUACUCCAACCCUUCGGGUCUGUUCUACGAUGUUAAACUUAAUAUAUUAUUUUGGAUAAGCAAUAAGAGAUUAACAUAUCUGAGUGAAAAUAAUAAAUUCCACACCCCAACCGCACAUUUAUUGGGACCAGACACAAUGCUACUGAUUUACAAUGAUUAUUCCAUCAGUACUAAAGGGAAUAACUCUUUCAGAGUUUAUAAUUUGUACCACGAAGAUGAUGUAAAUUAUCCAAUUGUACGCGGUAUCCAGGAAAUAACUGCCAUAUCUAUAAUGGACCCAACAUUGCAACCAAAAGAAGAAAACAAAUGUGACGUAAGCAAUGGAGGAUGCGAGCAGAUCUGUGUACCAUCAGGAUCCGAUGCCGUGUGUGAGUGUGGAUUUGGUUUUGUGCUUCAGGGGGAUAAACACAACUGCACAACAAGAGCAUUAGUUGAUAAUUUUGCUGUUGCUGUGGACUUUAACCAUGGAAUGAUAUACCAGAUAUCCCUGAAUGACAACCCACCACUUAAGGCGGUGUCCGCACUGGACAUUCCUCAACCGGCCGACCCCCUCGCCGCUGUUUACUACAAUAACAGUGUGUUCUGGUCAGACUAUAUGGAUGAUCAAAUUCUAAAAACCAAACUGAACAGUAACAUCACGGAAAUCGUGUACUCACCGGCUAAUUACAUUGUAUACAGCCUUGCCGUGGACCAUUCCACCGGGAACAUUUACUACACGGGUUACCCUUAUACGUGGACGAUUGCGUAUUCACGUAUUGGUGUGGUCCAUUAUAAGUCUCACAGACAUAAAACCAUCCUCAACAGGAUCGAUAAAGCCUAUAGUCUGGCUCUUCAUCCUGCCAAAGGAUAUGUUUUCUGGAUAGACGGGGAAGGAUCAGUCGGGAGAGCUAAUAUGGAUGGCACCGACCCACUUUUACUCGUAGCUUAUGGAAUGAUAGCACCAAAUUCCAUCACAAUAGAUUAUACAGAUAACAAGGUUUACUACAUUGACAAUGACAGAAUUAAUUCUAUGAACGUUGAUGGCACCAAUAGAAAAACGCUUCAUGUGAACUCUUUAGCUGGAUUUGCACACCUUGCCAUCAGUGGAGAUUACGUUUACGCUACGGCCACUCAUAAACAAGAAAUUAUAAAGAUAAACAAAGCGUCAUCUGUGGUAAUGGUAGGAUGGAUGACACCUGUAGCUGAGUUUGGUCGACUAGAAACAAUCAGUGUUUACAGACAAACUGAUGUACGGUCAGUCCAUCCAAAAUGUUCCGUAAAUAACGGGCUUUGUAGCACGUUUUGUUUCCCACUGCCUAAUUCCCGUCGUUCCUGUGGGUGUCCAGAUGGUGUAACUCUAUUGGAUGAUCAGAGAACAUGCAGUGGAGUCCAGAUAUGUAAAAUGGCAAUAUUACAUGGUCGCUUUACAAGCACGUGCAGUGGGUAUGUGAACUCUUCCUGUGACUACGAGUGUAAUACUGGAUAUGAAAAAGCAUUAAGCGGAAAAUUAACUUGCAACGAACACUUAAACUGGAUGCAACAAAAAUCCGUAGACCCCAACACACUUUGUAAAGCAAUACCCACCACCCUUGUGGCCACAACACAACCCACUACUACUACUGCUACCUCAAGUAUUCCUUCUGGUACUAAAUUACCGCCAGGAAUUAAACCUGCCGCGCAGACGCAGGACGCGGGAGCUGGCGUCAGUUCUGGGACGUUUGCUGCCGUCAUUAUCGUCAUCAUUCUGAUAUUCAUCGUUAUCAUCGUCGGAAUCGUCUACUUCAUGUAUAGAAGGAGGAACGCUAACAUGUUUAGUCAUGCAAAGUUUGUCAAUUCCCCGAACGUUCCAGAUAUUUCUGUGAACAAUGAUGCUCCCGUAGAUGACCGGUACACGUCUAUCGGCGACAUACACCAGCCGACGACGGGUCCAGGCCAGGCCGGGAUGGAAAACCCCCUCUAUAAAGUCAGAAACGAGACUCCAGAUAAGGAUAACGCUACCAAUACCAUGUCAGAGCAAGGCUUCAAAUCAGUUGACAUGACAACUUAUAAAUAUUAGAAGGGCUUGUGUUAAGAGUGUUGUUCAAAGCAAUAUGUGAUCACAUACAUCUCUGUUAUGAAUAUUGAUGUAUGGUUCUAUGAUUCCUAUUUUUGCAUGAGUUAUUAAUUUUUUUUUAUUCCUGUCAUUGAAAAUUUACACAACUACGCAGAUUUUAGAUGUUCAUAUAUUCGCAUGUCAAUACCUGUUUUCCCUCUUAAAAGCAAAUAGGGGCACUAUAUUCCAAAUUCUUUAAUGGAGAGAUUUUCAGCUCAAAUGUAACCAUAUUUAAGAUGAAUGUCAUUGAGAAAUGUGAAA